AUGUAUUUCAGCUUGAAAUAUUUUUCAAGUAGUCGUGCAGUGCUGUUGAGAACUGAUAUUGUCGAGAACAUCGAAAGCUGUUCUCCUUUUGUACCUUCAAACCAUGGCAAUGUGAAAGUCAUUGUUCUCGUAUAUGCACGAAUACUUUUCGAGACCAGCUUUCGUUUAUUUCUAGAAAGAAAGGGAAUUACUAAACAAUUCAUCGGAAAUACUGAAUUAUUGAGUGGUUUUAUUCAAGAAUGGUUAACAAAACUUCAGUGGAUAAACAUUAAGAAUAUUUAA